CGGGAGCGUGUGAGAAGAGGCUGGCGCCAAAAGCCGGGGCAGGUGGCCUCCGCUAGGGUUUGGCUUUGUGUGUGCUCGCUCCCUUGUGGCACUUGCGGUUGCUCCCCGCUGAUCUUUUUCGCGGUGUGUGGGUGUGUGGUGGUUUGGUUGCCUUUCUGUUCUGCCUCUGCUCAGGGUUGUCUGUCGCUCGGUGCGGUCGGGUGGUGGGCUCGGGCGCUGUGUGUGUAUUUUUGGGCGGCGCUUCCUGAGGACACAGCGCCGAAGAUUUCGGGCGGCGGGCUCGCUGGCGCGCUUGGGUACUUUGAUA